CACACUCCUCCCAUCUUCAGUCUCUCUGAGCACGUCAUGAACUCUGCUCUCCUGUUCUGGGUCCUGUCCCUAGCAUGCUGGUGCACAGUAACUUUGGGAAGUGAGGUCACUCGUACCCCCGCAUCGGAGGAGAGGAGCAGCGUGACAUCAUCAGGGACUGACAUUCAGAGCUCAGCUGAUGAGGACAAUGAGUUGGAACAGAAUGACGUUGCAGAAUUACCACUGGCAGUUCAGCAUCUUGCUAAAAAGGAGGGAAGAAACCGAAAAAAGGGGAAAGGAAAGAAACGGCACAAGGGAGCCUCCCACAGCACGCCCAGCGACGCCCCGAGCCACGCCCCCACCCACACGCCCGGCCACACCUCCGCACAGGUGGAGGGCGAGGACCUCUGCCUCACCACCCAUCAGCACUACUGCAUACACGGGGACUGCAAGUACAUGGCCGACCUACGCGAGCCCACAUGCGUGUGCAUGAUGGGAUAUGACGGGGAGCGCUGUGGGAUCCAGCUGAUGAAGACUGAGCUAAAGAAGGCGGACGAGGAGGUGGUGCAGACUGUGCUGGUGGUGAUCGCUGUUGUCUUGUCCCUCAUCAGCUGCUGUGCUAUCCUGCUCAUGAUCUGUGCACAUUACAGAACUCACAAGAACUUCUUGGCGGCAUACCUGGGGCCCAGCAGUGAGAAGGAGAAGCUUCAGACAGACGGAAACGGCGCUGUGGUCUGAACACCCCCCCCACCCACCCACCCAGGUUUUUCAGAGCUCCAGAGAUUAUUUCUGCGACAUUCAACAUCAUUAUUAGAUGUACUGUCUUUUUUAUUUAUUUAUUUUAAACUAUUUAUUUAAUAUUGUAAUAUUUGUUUGACUGUUUUAGAAUGUAUUCCAGAGUCAAAGUAUUAGUUUUUGCUGUUUAUUAAAGAU